AUGGGGGCUAGAGAGGAAGCGAGUGAGUGUGAUAGAGGCUCGGGUCCGGUGGCUUCGAAGGCGUUGCCAAUAGGUUGGCGAGAGGAAGAGAGCACGUGUGGUAGCUAUGGGCGUGUGGAGGCGGUAUGGAGGCGUGGAAGGUUGGCGAGAGGUGAGGCUAGUAUGGAGGUGUGGAAGGCUAGUGAGAGGUGA